AUGCCGGCGGGCACCGAGGAGCCGGCGGGCGCCGAGGAGCAGCCACCUGCCCAAGGCCCGCCGGCGGCGGCUGAGAGGCCGCCGCCUUCGGGUCGCCGCCGUCCGCCCCUGUCCGCCGCCGAUCAAGGGGAGGAGUCUGGAGGCAGCCGUGUGCUAAGGGGCGGCCGGGAACGGGGCCGGGCCGCUGCCGCCUCGGCCGCGGGGGGAGCCGCUGCCGCCGUUUCUCGCCGUCGUAAGGCCGAGUAUCCUCGGCGCCGGCGGAGUAGCCCCGGGGCCCGCCCCGCCGCCGAGCAGCUCGCCGCCGAAACGCCACCCGCGGCCAAGAAGGCCCCUCGGGCCGGGUGCACAGAUAAAGCAGCUGGUAAAGAUCCCAAAGAAGAGAAGGAGGAGGAGGAGGAGGAGGAGGUCUCGGGCGCGCUCGGCCACGGCUCUCCCGGCGGCGCCGGCAGGCCUGGCCGGGGCUGGCGCAGCAGCAGGGCGGCCGCCGGGCGCCAGCGCGACCCUGAGCUCCCGCGGGCGGCCAGGCCCAAGGCUGCCUCCCUGCAGCUCGUCUGCAAGUCGGAGCCGAACACGGACCAGCUGGAGUACGAGGUGACAGAAGGACAUCAGUCUCCCGCUGCACUCAGUGAGGAUGAGGAGGAGAUGCUCAUCAGUGAGGAAGAAGUUCCCUUCAAAGAUGAUCCAAGAGAUGAAACUUACCGGCCCCACCUGGAGAAGGAAGCACCAAAGCAGAGGAGGAAAGCUAGCAAGGUGAAGGAGGAAAAAGAGAAGCAGAAAGAGAUCAAAGUAGAAGUGAAAGAAGAGAGUGAGUUCCAGGAAGAUGAAGAACCACCAAGGAAGAGGGGAAGGAGGAGAAAGGAUGACAAAAGUCCAAGGCUGCCCAAGAGGAGGAAGAAGCCUCCCAUCCAGUAUGUGCGCUGCGAGAUGGAAGGCUGUGGCACAGUCCUGGCUCACCCACGGUACCUGCAGCAUCACAUAAAGUACCAGCACUUGCUGAAGAAAAAGUAUGUGUGUCCUCACCCCUCCUGCGGUCGGCUCUUCCGCCUCCAGAAGCAGCUCCUGCGGCACGCCAAGCAUCACACAGAUCAAAGGGAUUACAUCUGUGAGUACUGUGCCCGAGCCUUUAAGAGUUCUCAUAACUUGGCAGUGCACCGAAUGAUCCACACGGGCGAGAAGCCCUUGCAGUGUGAGAUCUGCGGCUUCACCUGCCGGCAGAAGGCUUCCCUCAACUGGCACAUGAAGAAGCACGACGCAGACUCUUUCUACCAGUUCUCCUGCAACAUCUGCGGCAAGAAGUUCGAGAAGAAGGACAGCGUGGUGGCCCACAAGGCCAAGAGCCACCCCGAGGUGCUGAUCGCCGAAGCGCUGGCUGCCAACGCGGGCGCCCUCAUCACCAGCACCGACAUCCUGGGCGCUAACCCCGAGGCCAUCGCGCCCCCCACCGACGGCCAGGGCCUCCCCCUGCUCCCCGACCCCCUGGGCGGCGCCGCCCCCGCGGAGUGCCUGCUGCUGGGCCCCGACGGGAUGCCGAAGCCCUACUGCGGCGGGGCGGAGCGCGUCAGCCUGGUGGCCGACGGCAAGCUCUUCGUGGGCGGCGGCAGCAGCGCCAACCCGGAGGGGCUGGUCAUGAACACAGAGAUCCUGGGGGCCACCACGGAGGUGCUCAUCGAGGAUUCAGACUCCGCCGGCCCCUAGUGUGGGUGGGGAGCGCCUCGGGUGCUGGGACGCUGUAUUUAAAGAGAGGAAAACAGGCAACAAACAAACAGAGACUGAACUGAAAGAGAGGAAAGUUCAACACAACUUACAGUACUAGUAAAUAACCGAAGGGUCUGCUCCCCUCCAGUGUGGAUCACAGCACAUCCUCUUUCUUCCAACCACUUCUCUCUCUCUCCCACUGCUCCUUUGUAGGAAGGGGCAGGUGCUGCCGUUACCAGAGCGAGCCGGACCGAGCGAUGGAUGUCCCCGGUGGAGGGCAAGGGGGGGGACUGCUGAGACCCUUCACUCUACCCCAAAGCAGUUGCCUUUCUGGCUCCUUGACGUGGCACCACUUGCAAACUAGAAAGUAUUUGAUACGCUCUGGACAAGUUUCUUAGGGCUCCCUCUGGCCCCCGGUCCCAACGUCUAUGCAUUGCUGCACUCUGGUCCUCGCAGACUGGUUCUUUCUCCCAGGGCUGGGAGUUUGGCUUGGCACUUUAGGGCCCCCUCAGCAGGGCGAGCUGUGAAGCGGCGCACGUCCCUCUCCCCACCGCGCUCCCUGGCUCCGGCUCCGGCAGGAAGUGGAGGGGAGGGAACGCCCUGGCUCGUAGAUCAUGUUUGCUUGGAGAGGCCCGGGGGCUACGGGAGCCCUGCGUGGGAGAGGCAAGGAGGAGCAUCCCAGUUUGACGACAGUAAUUUGCACUUUGAACAUGCUUCGUUUUUGUGUUGUGGUAACGAGAUUCCUUUAUUUAUUGAUUGAAAGAGGGUCGGUAUUUUUAGUUAUGUUCUUAGGGGGUGGAGGUGGAAGGAGCUUGGGCUACUUCCCAGUAGGCUCCUUUGCACUAGCGAGCUGCAGGGAGCAGGUCGCUGGGAGAGCUGGGCUGGAGGCAGCCUUCUGGGCUCAGAUGUCUCUCAGCUUCUCCAGAGGAGAGGCAGAGCCCCUGGAGGAGAGGCUGCUCGCGCUGGGGGGCUCUGCAGCAGCGCUGUAGCAGGAGGAUGCGGUGAGUGAUGGAACGGUUGGCUGUUGCCUACCUCCCAGCCAGGGGCGAGCUCCUUGCUCUCGAAGCCUCCCCCUUGCUCCCUGCCUUUCAGGGAAGAACAUCAGCCAGGAGCUUGUUCUCGUGACAUAGGACAGCGGUGAGCUGCUUGCUGCUGGGGGGUGAGCUCCUCCAGCUCUGCCUCUCUCUUUCCAGGUCUAGGACAGAGAUACAGAAGCAGGGAUGGCAUGUGGUUGUCUCAGGCUUGUUUAUCCAAGGCAAUAGACUGACAGGGGACGCAGAGGCUGUCAGCAUCUCUGCCCCAGGCCCGUCCUGGGGGGAGGGGCUGCUGCAGCCACGGUCUCAAAGCUUCUCUCUCCUGUGCUGUCCGCGAAGCCUGUCGGUUCGAGCCUUGUCUGCUGGUGUGGCCAGGACAGCUCUGGGCCCUGGCAGAAGUUUGCAUAGGAUAUGGUGUGUCUGCUAUGGAGACUUGGAUCUUUUUGCUCUGACCUGAGUUGUGUGUGGAGAUUCAGUGGCCUUGAAUUCGUGGUGUUUUUUGGAAGAGGUGAAGGACAACCUGAGCUCUUUUUUUGCUUUCCUGUUUGCUUGGUUUCUGGGUCGUGUGGCUGGGAGCAGAGAACUGAGGUAUCUUGUUCGAGCACAAGGUUGGCUGAGUCGGUCUGUGGCACACAGCAGCUGGGCAGGACUGGGGACCUGGGGGGCUGUAGGAUGGCAAUAAACCAGGGAAUUUAAUUGGAGACUCUUGAGAGGAAACUGGCUCUGAACACCCACUCUGUCCCCUGUGCUGCCUGGAAACGAAGCUGUGGGCCAGACCUGACAGCUUUCAUUAGGCCAUUUGUCCUGAGCUGUCCCCCCCACCUUUCCCCCUUUACACUGAUAGCUUUGUCAGGGCAAGUUGAAACACUUCUGGUGUUGGGGUGGUUUGUGGCUGAGCAGUUUUCCACCGUGGCUGGUGUCUUACGUCCUGGGUGUGGGCAUCCCACGUUCCUGCACCCUGGCAGCAGCAUGACUCCCAUGCCUGCAGGAGAUGCAUCUGGCCAUGAGCCUCUCCUGCAGAUAAGGCUGAGGGCCCCAGUACCUGAACGUGGGUCUCUGGAAUGGUGAAUGUCAGGUCCAUGGUGGUACCUUGUUAAACUGAACCAGUUUCUGCAGCUGGGGCGAUCCAGUUUCUUGCCUGGAUCAGGUUAGUGUGGUUUCCAGCAGGUAGCUCCCAGGUGGCUCCCUUGCAGCGCAGCAGAGCUGUGUUCAAACUCCCCUCGGGUGCUUCCGUGCCCCAGCAGUGUGCUCUUCUGUCUGGGCAGGCUUGGGGCUGACUGAGCCCCGUGGCGUGGCGGUGGCGUUGGCAUCUCCUGGCCUGGAUCCUGCCAGCAGCAG